GCAUCUGAUGCCAGAGAACUCAGUAUCUGCUGACCUGCAAACUGGAAGCGACAAAAUGGUUGAAUGGACAGACUUCGAGCGCGACACCAUUAAGGACAUCUUCUCCAGGAUUGAGUAUGAUGUGGUGGGCCCUGCAGCUCUUGCCAGGUGUCUGGUCGUCUACCCCUGGACUCAGAGGUAUUUUAGCGGCUUUGGAAACCUCUACAACGCCGCUGCGAUCAAGGGAAAUCCCAUGGUUUCCAAACACGGAACAACCAUCAUGCACGGUCUGGACCGGGCUGUGAAGAACUUGGACGACAUAGAGAACACCUACACCGAACUGAGCGUGCUGCACUCCGAGAAACUGCACGUGGACCCCGACAACUUCAAGCUCCUGGCCGACUGCCUGACCAUCGUGGUUGCUGCUCAGCUGGGUAAAGAGUUCACUGGUGAGGUGCAGGCAGCUUUCCAGAAGUUCCUGGCCGUGGUGGUGUCCUCCCUGGGAAGACAGUACCAUUAGAGCUGCGACGCGAGACCAUCACAUGCUGAGCAUUUGUUUAAAACUGUUUUUGUCUCAAAAGCAAAUAAAACAAUUAGCUAAUCCAUCAA